UGUAUGAUCAUAGGUUCUGGAUUUGAAAAGUUUGUCAUGGUCAAUGCUGGAAGCUAAAUCAGAAUCAGCUGAAGCAGUCUCAUUUGCUGCAUGUGCUGGUCAUUCACUGAUUCCAUGGGGAAAUAAGAUCCUAUGUCUUGCAGGACAUAGCAGGGAACCUACAGAAAGUCUCAGUGUUAAAGAGUUUGAUCCACAAACCUGCACUUGGUCUUCCCUGCGUACUUAUGGAAGCUCACCGAGCUCACGUGGUGGUCAAUCAGUGACUCUUGUUGGCGACACUUUGGUUGUGUUUGGCGGGGAAGGUCAUGGGAGAUCACUUCUGAAUGAUCUGCACAUUCUUGAUCUUGAGACCAUGACUUGGGAUGAAUUUGAGACCACAGGCACUCCCCCUUCUCCAAGAUCAGAGCAUGUUGCUGCUUGCUUUGCAGAGCGAUAUCUUCUGAUAUUUGGUGGGGGGUCUCAUUCUACAUGUUUCAGUGACCUACAUCUCCUUGACACACAGACAGUGAGAAUUGAUAGAAAAAAAUGA